GGGGCUGGAGUUCAGAUGGGGAGGAAACUCGCGGCAGCUCGUUCUGCUGCUGCUCCUUCUCCUGGCUGCAAACUCGGAGCAGUGGCAGCAGCAGUGGCAGUGGUAGCGGCAGCAGCAGUGGCACCAGCAGCUUCUCCUUAUUCCUCGUUAUUGGAAUAGUACAAGGAUAUAGAAUACAGUCUCCAGCGCGGCUCCAGAGCGGCGGGAGCUGCUGCGCGUCCCGGAGCGCGUGUGUCUGCGCGUCUUCACGUUGCGCGCAGGAAAACGAUGCUGUCCCCAAACCCAAAUCCAAAUUUCCUACUUUUCUCACCUAAAAACAGGUGAUUAGAGUAACUAAUCCCCCCACUCCUCCUUAUCCUCCUCCCCCUUACCCCCCUUUAUUCCUCGCGCGCUUGAAGAGAUGAAGUUUGGUAAGAAGAACAUCUGCAUCCUGAACGUCGGCGGCACCAAGUACGCCUUCACGCGGGAGGUGAUCCGGGACUUUCCGCUGCGCCGGGUCAGCCGCCUGCACAGCUGCGCGUCCGAAAAGGAGGUGCUGGAGGUGUGCGACGACUACGACCGCGAGCGCAACGAGUUCUUCUUCGACCGGCACUCGGAGGCGUUCGUCUUCAUCAUGCUGUACGUGCGCUCCGGAAAGCUGCGCUUCGUGCCGCGGAUGUGCGAGCUCUCCUUCUACAACGAGAUGCUCUACUGGGGGCUCGAGAGCUCGCACCUGGAGUUCUGCUGCCAGCGGCGCCUGGACGACAGGAUGUCCGACACCUACACCUGCCUCUCCGAGGAGGAGCUGGCGGACGCGGUGGACGACGAGGUGCGGCGCAGGGACUCGGCGGCGGAGGACUCGACGGAGGAGCACGAGGAGGAGGCGCGCUCCUGGCUGGCCAGGAUGAGGAGGACGUUCGAGGACCCCGCGUCCUCCGUGGCCGCGCAGGUGCUCGCCUCCGUCUCCGUCAUCUUCGUCAUCAUCUCCAUGGUCAUCCUGUGCGCGAGCACCCUGCCCGACUGGGACACGGCCAAGAACAACACGGUGGAGGAGCACAGGAUCAUUGAAGCCGUGUGCAUCGGCUGGUUCACCGCUGAGUGCAUAGUGCGCUUCAUUGUCUCGCGGGACAAGUGUGAGUUUGUGCGGCGGCCGCUGAACAUCAUCGACCUGCUGGCCAUCACGCCGUACUACGUGUCGGUGACCAUGACGGCUCUGACCGGGGAGAACCCGCAGCUGCAGCGGGCGGGCGUGACCCUGCGAGUGCUGCGGAUGAUGCGCAUCUUCUGGCUCAUCAAACUGGCGCGGCACUUUCUGGGCCUGCAGACGCUGGGGCUGACGCUGCGCCGGUGCUACCGCGAGAUGGUCAUGCUGCUGGUGUUCGUGUGCGUGGCCAUGGCCAUCUUCAGCGCCCUGGCCCAGCUCCUGGAGCACGGACUGGACCUGGAGACCAGCAACGAGGACUACGCCAGCAUCCCCGCGGCUUGUUGGUGGGUUAUUAUCUCCAUGACCACUGUGGGCUAUGGAGACAUGUAUCCCAUCACCAUGCCGGGGCGCGUGCUGGGUGGCGUGUGUGUCGUGAGUGGCAUUGUGCUCCUGGCUCUCCCCAUUACCUUUAUCUACCACAGCUUUGUGCAGUGCUACCACGAGCUCAAAUUCCGCUCAGCACGCUGCGUGCGAAGUCUCUCCGCUGAGUUUCUCAACUAACUAAAUAACCGAGAACACUCUGGGGUCGGUCCUCGGUCAAGCUACGUUGUCCAUCACUUGGUCUGGUGGUUUUGUACUCUCCUCUUCUGUGCCUUUCUUUCAUUGAAGACCUUAAAGUAUAAGCUAAUAAUCUGGCUUAAUAAUAAGUUUAGCAGGCACUCUACAGAGAAAAAAUUGGAACGCUACAUCAGCUGCGCCCAAUGACUCUGUAGAUGACUGCAGAUGAAUCUGUACAUCUGAAAAGUAACUGGGACGCAUGCACUUUCUCACACCACUGGAUAAAAACCCAACAGAUUCAAGCUGGAAGCUCCAACAGCACACAACCCAAAGGAACUACACAAUGUAUACAAGCCAACGUUCACGCCAACGUUUGCAUUGUAACCCCACAUGGAUUGAAACAAACAAACUUGAUCCAAAGAGACAAAAGCAUCUCCCGUGUUUGUUCACAGUUGGAAAAGGACAACCCAGGCAACAGCGGGCACCAGAUGGCGCGGCUGUCUGUAAGGAGUGCCUGGCAAGGCUUCCAGGUCUUGACAGUUCUCCAGACCGUGGCCGGCCUUUUCUCAAGCGCCCUGCUCUGGCUUCACAUGCAGAAGCGCUCUGUUCCCAUGGAGAGAUUUUCUCCAGCUCGUUAGAUCAUUAAUUCAGUUCAAUUUGGCUUUGAAAUCGGUCCAGAUACGGAGGGCAGAAAGCAGGGGAGGCUGGAGGAGGCCUACAGGAAAUGGCUGAGAUUCGGAAACUAAAAUAUUUGAAGAAACAGAUGGAAAUGUUGUGGAAAGAGUUUUGUUUUUCCGUCCCAAAUUCGGCAAGACACACACAGAGACCUGGUGGAGACAGUUGGGAAAUAUGCAGAACUGUGCACAGGUUUUAGGCACCUGUGAAAAUUAGAAUUAAAAUAAGAAAAUCUCCUUAUUUAGGCAGUAAUAAUAAAAAUAUUUAUAGUAAUAAUAACUUCAUGCAUAAAAAUGCGGCUGAAAGUGCUUAAAACAACAGGUAAUAAAAACAAUAAUCACCAAUAAAAGAACACAAAUGUAUACAAAAAAAGGCAGAUGUAAGAAAGAAAUUAUUAUAACAGAACUAAAAAUAAUGGUUGGGUUUAUUGUCUAAAUAAAGUACUAGUAUUAGUCUACAUUAAAAUACCACACGUGCAACAAUUUUUACAGAUUUUCCAGCACUGUCUUUAUUAAAACACAAAUCUUUAGCUUCGCUUCCAGCCUAUUAUUCUUUGUUUAGGGCUAUUGGUAGGGCAGAUUUUUUUUUGUUAGUGGGGGUUGGGUGUUUAUGUGUUAUAUGGGAUUUAAUUAUGUUGGUUCCACUGCUGGAGUGUUAUUCACACUCUAGGUGUUAGGUUAGAGGGUGGAUAAGGGUCUCCAUUGAAGAGCUGACCAUUGCUCACACAGAUGAGAGUUACAUAGAGUUAAUAUGACUCUAUCCUCUGUUGAAUUAACUCUUAAUAUAAAAUAUUAACUCUUAACUAUUAAUUUUGUGUCGAUUUUUGACCCUGUAGUAAGUGGGACCAUAUGCUAUCUAGGACAGUGUUAAAUUCAACACUGUAAAAGUAAUUUAGAGUAAUUAACUUUGUGCAUUUUACUCUGUAGCUCACAAGAUCUCAACUUUUUUUCUUUAAAAUGAGAAAUAGUUAUUAUUUUUUACUAGGCCUGACAUAAAAACGGAUUUUACUUUGAAGAUAUAUUGUCCCAAAAAUGGUAUUAUCAUACUUUUAAGACUACUACAAUACUAUAAUAGCAUACUCAUGCAAUUACAUUCUUUUAAAGUGAAGUAAACAUCUAAAUAUUGAAAUCUAAAUAUAAGAAAUAUUAAAAUAUUUAACAUACACAUAAAUAUUAGCUUAUUAAAUAUAAACAUUUUUUUC